ACCAAGUGACUGCGCCACGCCGAGAUGGAUCCGUCCGAGUGGCACGCCCUGGGGAAAGCCCAGUACCAGAAGCAUCGACUGUUCGAGAUGGCGCCGUCGUGGAAGGAAGAGGUGGCGUCCCUCGGCGACUUGAGGGAGUUCCUCGUCGUCCCGGCACAGUUUGGCGGCCCCAUCGCCAUGAUCCGUGAUCCGUCUCGUCUCGUGAAGAUGGACUCGAAGGGGUCGCUGUCCCGCACGCUGUACAUUUUCAACGCGUGCGGGGCGAAACUUGCCUCCGUGAGCUUUUCGUCUUACGACACGAAGAAGAAGACGUUGUUCGGCAUGUUUUGGACAGACGAAAUGCGAUUGAUGUGCGUGUUUGACGACGGCGACUGUGUCAGCUACAGCAUUAUGGGGGCGGUCGAAACGUCAUUUGCUCUAUUUCCCGUGGAUUCUCGAUUCAAAGUGAUCUCGAUCGAGUCGUGGGGCGGCGGGUUCGUUGCGCUCUUGGACAACUUUAUGAUCGCCCAGGCGCUGGACAUCGAUUCGGUCAAACCGCGGGUGUACUGCAUCACGGAGACAGGGGUGAGUCCAACAAACCCUCCAACGUGCAUGGCAGUGCUCGACCCGCGGUUUGUCAAGACCGGGUUGCCUGAAGUAUUCUUGGGGACUUCAACCAACUCCCUUGUCGUCGUGAGCAAAGGGUCUUCGUCUGGCGAGCCGAACAAGGUGAUGGACAUGCAGCUGCAAAACUCGAUGAAAGCCCCGAUCAGCAAGAUUGCGAUUGCCCCGAACGGAAUGUUCAUGGCUCUCUUCUCGCAAGACGGGACGCUCACCGUCCUCAACACGACGUUCGACAAGAAGAUUUUAACGUUUGACACACAGAGCAAGACGAGCCCAGCUGCAAUGCUUUGGUGCGGAGAGGACUCGGUGUUGUUGUACUGGCAGAGUGUGGGGGUUAUCAUGGUAGGGCCGCAUGGAUCGUGGCUCAAGUUUCCUUGCGAUGAAGGACCUGUCGUCCUCAGCCAGGAGGUGGACUGCUGCCGCAUUUACAGCUCAAGCUCCCAUGAAGUUCUCAUGCGUGUGCCCCGCGCGACCGAGGACAUCAAGCGAAUUGGCAGCACGGCACCGGCUGCCAUGCUCCUGGAUGCGUUGGAUGCGUUUGAUUCUGGCGACGCCAAGGCGGACGAGAACAUUCGGUCGAUUCAAGCGCAACAUACGUUGGAGCAAGCAAUUACGGACUGCAUCACGGCGGCAGGCAAUGAGUUUGACUACGCGGCGCAAAGCUCAUUGCUUCGUGCAGCUUCGUAUGGCAAAUGCUUCUUCGACAAUAGCGACUCAAUAGCCGCGGCGAGUGCCAACGCCGACGGCAACGGUGGCGCCACGUCCAACUACGACUCGGAGUUUUACGUCGACAUGUGCCGCAAGCUCCGUGUGCUGAACGCGCUUCGAAAACCUUCGAUUGGGCUUCCCUUGACGCUGGCGCAGUUUGAUCGCCUUUCGUGUGAAGUUGUCGUAUCUCGAUUGGUCGCGAUGCACCAUCAUUUCCUUGCACUCAAAAUCUGCGACUACAUGAAGAUCACAUCUGACCGUGUUUUGGUCCAUUGGGCCUGCGAAAAGGUGAAAUCGUCAUUCGAAGCCUCGAACCCUGCCGGCGUCCCCAUGACGGACGAAGCCAUUGUGGCGAUGGUGCGGAAGAAGUUAAAGGACGCCACGUUGGUGUCGUACUCGGAAAUCGCAAGCUGCGCUGAACGUGCUGGGCGCCAUCGACUGGCAACCAUGUUACUCGACUUGGAAGAAAACGCGUCUGACCAAGUGCCUUUGCUCUUGUCGAUGGGUGAAUUUGAAUUGGCACUUCGCAAGUCGCUCGAGUCGAGUAACACAGACUUGAUCUACUUAACGCUGUUCCAUAUGGAGCGGACGAUGCCACCCGACGACGUUCGGCGCGUCCUGCACAGCGAGCCACAAUACGCGGAAGCAAUCCACCUUCUCGCGUCCUUUUACAUUGCGACCAAAGCCGACCCUUCCAAGCUCGACAACAUUUGGCACGAAGUAUUGAGCGCCAAUCAUGACGUGUUGACGUCGUUCACGGAGCCCAACACGGACGAAAAGCUCAAGAAGCUGAAAGACGCCAUGGCCAAGUACAACAGCGCCAAACUUCCGAUCAACGCCAAGCUGACGGAGGACCAAAUGGAGCUACUCGUGGAGCAGCGCAAGCUGGAUGAAAAGUCGAGCGGCGGGCCGUAUGUGUACGUUGGGAUGUCUCUCAGCGACACAAUCCGCCACCUGUGCAUGGACGCCACGCGCGAGCCCAAGUCGCUGCAAGUGGCGGCGGCAAUCGCCAAGAAAUUUAAAGUGCCGGAGAAGCGGUUCUACCGCGUCAAGAUCAAGGCACUGGCAGAAACGCAUCAAUGGGAUACGCUGCACAAGUUUUCCAACGAGAAGAAAUCUCCGCCCUGUGGCUUCAAAGCGUUUGCAAUUGCAUGUUUACAAGAAGGCGAGAAGGGUCAGGCCGAGUCGUACGCGUCUCGUAUCACGCAGCCCGACGAAAAGUUUGACACACUCGUGCACUUGCAAAUGUGGACGGCGGCGCUCGAGAUGGCCGUCAAGUUGAAGGACCCCGACAAACUCUCGAGCGUGCGCAACAACUGUCCAUUGCCCGAUAUCCACGGUCAGAUCGACCAAGCUGCGCAGCAAUUGGGAUUUAUCUAGGGCUGUCAUUCACCCGACGACAGGUCGUGCUGCCGUGGUCGUUCCAUGUCCAAGGAGACAAGCGUCGACGAAAGAGAUCAUGACGGUGGCAUGGAUUCGAUCGAGAUCGUUAAUUCAAUAUCAAACACCGAAAGUGCCGAUGCAGUUCGUGGUUGAGCAAGUCGUUGCAUUUGGUUGCGUCAUUCAUGUAUACGCUGUACUCUUGCACCGACGCGCCCGUCGGUUCUACCGUGCGCAGACACAUUUG